GUUUUGAAUACAAUCACAGUGAGGAAAUGGUCUCCCCUAGAAAAGGCUGACGAUCGGUAAUUUUAGCGCUAAUGUUGUAAGAGGAAUGUGAUGUUUUCAGCUCAGUUAAAAACAGAAAUCGAGUCUCCGAGCUCGCUUGGAUAACCAAUCAAGCCUCUCCCUCUUCUGUCAAUGGUGAAUCGAUUUGUUGGACCGGCUAGUUGUUGCCAGACAUAGUGUAGUCAACAAGAUGUUUUCAACGUUAAUUUCUUUAAUGACAACGAGGAAUUUGCAUGCAGACAACUAGCAAGCUAUUUUGAUUCAGCCGAGUGUGGAGUCAUUGUGUGCUUUUCUGUUGGAGGUGUGUCAACACCGAUGUAACGUUACAGCCACAACCUCUGAUUCACUUUAUAAGACGGUGACAUUGGAGAGAAGCACACCAAGCUCGGACCGGCAUUAUUGAAAGUUAACAGCUCCUGAACUGUCAACAAUUGGCAUUAAUGAUGUCAGGUGGUGCGAGCUUCAUGAGCAAGGUGCGGUCCGCCUUUAGGAAGGAGCCUGAGGACUGGGACCUGAGCGACACGGUCCCCUUUGACCUCUCUGGGGACGAGCUCGCGGAGGAUGAGGCGCCCAAGUUCAACAAACUCAAAGUGGUGGUUUCCGGUGAGAUGGAGGACUACGCAGCAGGGGCACCGUCGAACGGCGUCUCGGUGAACACAGUGGUGGUGGUGGAUGAUGACGACUCGCUGCUGGACUCGUCCUCGGGGAGUUUGGGGAGCACCGGUGUCAACAUGGACCGGUCGCAGUGUGAGAGCUGCACGAGGAAGAGAGAGGGGGUUAAACGGAGGAGAGUGAUGAAGAAGUUGGCGUGUGCCUCUGUGUUGUAUUUCCUCUUCAUGAUUGGAGAACUGAUAGGUGGUUAUGUAGCUAACAGUCUGGCCAUAAUGACUGAUGCUCUCCACAUGUUAACUGACCUGAUUGGGAUAGUGGUGUCUCUGCUGGCACUGUGGCUUUCUGCUAAACCACCCACCAACAGAUUCACCUUCGGACUGCAUCGCCUAGAGGUGGUCUCAGCCGGUAUCAGUGUGUUACUCAUCUACAUCCUAACGGGGGUGUUGUUGAACGAGGCGGUGCAGAGAACUGUCAGUCAGGACUUUGAAAUCAACGGAGAUGCCAUGCUCAUCACUGCAGCUGUGGGGGUGGCUGUCAACCUAGUUAUGGGUUUCCUCCUGAACCAGACAGGUAACGGUCACCUCCACUCCCACGGGGGUCAUGGUCACUCACACGGGGUUCCCCCUCCACCCUCACACGGCCACAGUCACGAUGGACCCCCAGCCCAGGGGCCCCAGGGCAGCCUGGCGGUCAGGGCAGCCUUCAUCCAUGCACUGGGAGACCUGGUCCAGAGUAUAGGGGUCCUCAUAGCUGCCUACAUCGUACGCUUCAAGCCAGAGUACAAGCUGGCGGACCCCAUCUGUACCUACAUCUUCUCUAUCCUGGUGCUAUUCACAACGAUACGCAUCAUACGAGACACGGGAGUCAUCAUCCUCGAGGGGGCACCCAGGCAUGUGGACGUUCAGCGAAUCAGAGAAGACCUUCUGAAGUUGGAGGACGUCCAAUCAGUUGACGAGCUCAACGUCUGGGCAUUAACCGGCGACAAGACCACCGCCCUCGCACACCUGCGGCUCUCGCCCUCUAGUGCCAGUGCGUGGGAGGACGUGCAGGCCAAGGCCAGACACCUGUUGAUCCACACCUACGGCCUGACCAGGUGCACCGUACAGGUCCAGACACACAGAAACAGGGCUACACGCACCUGUACACACUGCCGAGAGUCCACUGCAUAGCCUGAAUUAAAGACCGUCUGAGGACGUUAAACCAGACUGGUGCCAAAGCGUAGUGAACUGGUCUAUGCCAUUGCCAGGAUAUUCGGACUGACAGUCAGAUGCACAUUUUAUUUUUAAAGGACAGCUGAUUCCUCCUGGGCUGUUGCAAAGUUUUCUGAAGAGGGGUUGAACAAAUCUUAACUUUUCAACAAAAGAUCUAUAAUAAUCACCAUUAAAGCCUGUAAAUGUUUAACAUUAUUCCUCUUUUUUUGGUGCUUCUAUAAUUGAACUGUGUUAAUGUGUUUGUUUGAGCACUCUAUACUUUCACUGUAGGUGUUCUAUUGUUCCAGUGGGGUGACAACAGGGAAUGUGUCUCUGUGGGCUCAUCUCAAUUCUAUUUCUUUGAUUCCUUGCAUCCUCUCUUCUUGCCGCAUCCUUAACACAUCGGAGGAGAAGGUCCGGGGGGAGGAACCUCAGAUUCACUGUGUCUGUCAUCCUCUCCUCACAUGGUAGAACCACUGGGAUCUACUCUGACCUGUUAAGGACCAAUCCUAACAUGAGAUAUGCACCUGUAUAUGCACGCCAAUGCAAGUUAACUGUGAUUAUCUGAAGUUAGUCUUGGUCUUGUAGCGGAGAGGCCUGUAUCGGUGUUUGACUAGGUUGAUAUGAGGCUGUGUCUGAAAAUGUUACUAGCGGUCCAAUCCUUUCUCCCGCUGUCUUUGUUUCCUCAACUCCUCAAAGUUAAUUGGCGGAGAGGAUCCAAGGUACUAACUACCCUGUGAUGACCACCUCCAAUGAGCUUUGAGAGGAAUUGAGGGGGGGGGGGGGCAACUAGUAACGUUUUCAGGCACAGCCAGAGAUGAGGCCCAGGCCGUCUCUAAAAGGUUAAUCCAUACAUCUGAUUGUAUUAUUGAUCUGAUGAUCGUGGCCAUAUUGCCUUCUCCUUUACUGACCGUGUUGAACCAGUAGACAGAGGAUGUGUUUUUAUGUGUAGAGUUCUGACCACACUCUUUUUGUUUAUCUUACUUGUUUCUUUAACAGUUAACUUAUUCUAGCUGAAAUCAGGAAACUGACAAUGAAACUGACUUUGAAUAAUGUUUAAUACUGUAGUAGGGAAAUGCAUGACUACUGCUUCUAGUUAAUAUCAGACAGUUUUAUUUGCUUAUCAGAUUGAUUCUGUCAACAUUUCAGAAAUGCAGUAUUAUUUCAUAACCAUUGAGGGCUGUGAGAUGCCAAUAUUGAUAAUAUGCAUAAUUCAGUCAUUGUGUGGGUAUAUAAAUACAUUUGGCAUUGUGUCUUCAGGUCUUGGUUGGUUCCUUAAACCACUCAGUCUUCCUGUCCAAGCUUAUCAACAUGUUGGUUGGAACAGACUAAAAUGACAUUUUCUCUGACUGCAGAUCAGUAUAUAUAUAUGCAUUACCUGCCUUGUGUUGCUCUUGUUUGAUUUAUUUUAUGUUAAAAGGUAUUUGGUCGAUCACAUUGUCAGGUUUGGCUCUACAGCAGCACUCACCAGUGUUUCAGUGAUUUGCACAUUCAUUACUUCAACCUGAACACUUAAGGCUCUGCUCCAAUAUCCACACUUGUGUACUACUACGUAGAACGAAGUAUGGAUACGUCCCAAAUGGCAUACUUUAAUUGGUAAACUAAUAUGGGCAUGAGAACUUAGACUUCUAUUCCCUUAAAAUCAGGAUGCAGUAUUGCCUGUUGAUCACAUGAUCAGCUGUUUGUUUAAAUGAGGCAUGGUUAUCAAUCUUUUGAGUCACUUUAUCACUAGACUGAGACCUGUGAGUCUCACUCACACUUCCCUUUACUCAACUGGCAGAUACAUUGACUGGAAACAUGUGAAUGAAGAACCUGUUACAUUUAGAAAUAAAUAUCUUCCUUUGAACACCGA